AAUACUAUGAGCUCUGCCCUCUUUCCCCCUUGCUGCAGCGAUGAAAGCGGAGGACACAAUCAAGUCAAACCCGUUGAUGUGCUAUAUAACCGUUUGCUGGACCUGAGAUAUUUCACUGACGGUACCUAAGCCCGGCACUCUUCCAGAUCUGGUCCAGGAGAUCUGAGGUACACGGGAGCGGGUUCGUCGGCCCACUGCAGUCUGAAUCACCAGAGACUCGCCCGCCUCUCUCUUGACUGAUUAGUCGUCGACUGGGUUGGUUGGUGGCGUCGACGCUCGCAUCCUCACGGACGGACGCAGGAGGCAGCGGGACGGGACGAAAGCCGACUCUGCCGCAGGCCGAGACGGCAGAGAAUGCAAAAUAAUGAGCCAAAGAGACACACUGGUUCAUUUGUUCGCCGGAGGAUGUGGGGGAACCGUUGGUGCCAUUUUGACUUGUCCUCUGGAGGUGGUGAAGACCAGACUGCAGUCAUCCUCUAUAACUCUGUACAUCUCUGAAGUCCAGCUUACUGGUGUCAACGGCGCCGGCGUCGCUCGUGUUUCUCCUCCAGGGCCUCUGCACUGCCUCAAGUUAAUCCUAGAGAGAGAAGGACCGCGCUCUCUGUUCAGAGGACUGGGCCCCAACCUAGUGGGUGUGGCACCUUCCAGGGCGAUCUACUUUGCGGCUUAUUCGACAGCAAAAGAGAAGCUGAAUGGCGUGCUGGAGCCAGACUCGACGCAGGUGCACAUGCUGUCUGCUGGGAUGGCAGGGUUCACUGCCAUCACAGCCACCAAUCCCAUCUGGCUGAUCAAAACCCGCCUACAGCUGGACUCCCGAAACCGAGGCGAGCGACGCAUGAAUGCUUUUGAGUGUAUCCGGCGGGUGUACCAGACGGACGGCCUGCGUGGUUUCUACAGAGGGAUGUCGGCGUCUUACGCCGGCAUCUCUGAGACUGUCAUUCACUUUGUCAUCUAUGAAAGUAUCAAGCGAAAACUGUUGGAGGCCAAAGCGCAUGCCAGCAUGGACGAAGAGGAGGAGUCUGUCAAAGACCCCUCAGACUUUGUUGGGAUGAUGCUUGCCGCAGCAACCUCAAAAACCUGCGCCACCUCCAUCGCCUAUCCUCACGAAGUGAUCCGCACACGGCUACGAGAGGAAGGCAGCAAGUAUCGCUCCUUUUUCCACACUCUGCUGACGGUACCUAAGGAGGAGGGAUACCGAGCUCUGUACCGCGGUCUAACCACCCACCUCGUCAGACAGAUUCCCAACACUGCUAUCAUGAUGUGCACCUAUGAGGUGGUGGUCUACCUGCUCGGCCAUUAGCCCGCCGCCUUCGUCACCUCCUCUCCGCUGGAGGAGGGGGGGUGUGACGGCAAACUGAGGAGGAGGCCCAGAGCAGUGGGUUUGAAAUGUGAAAAUGAAGACCAAAGGAAACCCGAAGACGUGCUAGCGGACCAGAAAAAGACGAGCAGGAAUUUAGGACGGCUAGUUGGUACCUUAACCAGUGUGACAGCGGGAGCAGAUCGGGCUGAGCAGCUCGCCGAUGGGGGUUCAGAGAGGGGAAGGAAUGCCGACUGGAGCGUCACGGAUGCAGUGUGGCACCGUUUGGAGCGAUCUUAAACAAAAGUCUGACUUGUUUGAACUGAAGUAGUUAGUUUGAAGCCAUCUUGAUGACGCUAUUUUCCCCAUGGUUCAUACAUUGGGAAGGAGGAAAGAGAUUGUGCGUUUUCAGGAGUUCACACUGAACGCUGGGAUUUCAGGAAUGUUCAGAUUAAGGUUGAAUGUCAGAGAGAAGUCCAGUUUAGGUUUUCAUACACCACCUCUUCACACUACACAAAAAUCGGUUCAGCCAGUCUCCUCCUAGCGCUGCCUGGUUGACAUAUAGGAACGCAGUCACAAAUCUGAUCUCCAGUCGGUGUUUUCUUCCUCCUUCACUCGAUGCCUGGUGGUGACUGGUUGGGCUGAAGCUCUUUUUCUGCUUUGACUUUGGUUAGAAAACUGCCUUCAGCUCAGCCUGCAAGUCACUGCUCAGGAAUUAGCAAAGCCGCGACCAGUUUAAAAGUUGUUCAGCAACUAGGCAUGCCUGGAAGGCACCAACACGUUCUCAUACAAGUAUUGCUACUUGAAUAUAAUGUGAUAGUUCGGAGGAACUGUUGAAGAGGAGGAGUCUGGAGUUUUCUCACCUACAGUGUGUGUUUGUUUGUGUGUGGGUGUUUAACAAGUUGGAGGAUCUAAUUGUGUUAAAGGAUGUGUGCAUCUUCAGUCAGAAGUGUCUACUUCAUCCAUUAACCAAUAAUUUAUCAAGACUCUGCAGUUUGAAGUGUGAGUUUCUCACUCAUGCCAGUCCUUUUUUCCUUCCUGCCUUCCCUCAUUCCCUCCGUCCUUCUUUCCUUCCGGUGGCUUCCAACUGACCCGUUAACAUGCACUUUUGUGGCCUUUUAGGGUUUGUGCUUUGCUUUUUAUUGUGUGGACAAAUUAAACUUGUACAUUGUAAGAGAAAAAAAAGUAUUACUGUAUUUCAAAAAUGGUAUUUUGCGCAACUGUUCUGUUAGCAGAUAUCUGUACAGUUUAGAGAUCCUAAUUAUUGUGAAGGACGCCGCGACACAUUGGUGUGGAAAUACAUAUCAGCAUUUUUUUUUCUCUCUCUCUCUCAUGAGAACCAGUUCUGAUCAUGCUGUAGUUUUUACAUCUGCAAAAAAGAGUGUUUGUUUUUAUUUGUGUGCAAAUGAAGCUGGUUUCUAUGUUGACUGUUGGCAGGAAUAUUGCAAUUUUUUUGUUUUGUUUUCCUGUAGUGUAUGUUUCAGAACGCACAAUUACCGGGGUGCUUACAUGAAUGCUUACAAAGUAAUGGAUGUAAGGAUUUGUGAUGGAGCUUUAGUUAUGUUUUUACAGGCGUAAAACUGGUUUCCAUUUCCAAAACAUAGGAUUUUUAAGGUGUGUUUACAUGAUUCCCCACUUCCUUUCCAAAUAUUUUCUAAUUUUUACAACUAGAUAUUUCAGGAGUUCAGGAGCAAAAGUUCACUUUUCUUCAAAAAAAUCAGUAAUGUACCUGCCUUGGAAAAGUGAAACUGAACGGUAUAUUUCUAGAAAACGACAUGAGUAGCAGUGGAAAACUAAGUUCCCAGUUUAAGUUAUUGAGGUUUUUAUUUAUGUAUUAGAAAAAAAAAGAUUAAGCCACAUUUUAUUCCUCUAAAAUUCUCCAGAAUACUUGAUUAGACUUUUUUCCCCAAAUAGUCAGUUUUAGAGAUAAUCCAUAUUAUCAUGAAAAAAAUUAUCUGUAUUGUUUGGUGAAACUCCCGAUUCCUUCCUCUACAGUCUCUCUCAUCCAGUAGCUGCUGUUUUACCACUGUGAAAGUUCUCCGUCUCUCAUUUUGACCCGGUUUCAUUUUACCGAAAAAAUCUGUGCUUUUAAGUUGUGACACUGAAUUCUAUUCUUUGUUGUUUUUUUUAAUCCCCCAAUACUUUGCUUUUGCCAAAACAAAAGGAGGAAAAGUCAUUGUCUUUUAAAACACUAAAGCUUUCUGUAUGUGUCAUUGGUUCAACAGGUCAGACGACCUAAAAAGUGAAAUGAAGCGGUUCAAACAUUUAGCUUGAUGCUGUACCUCUCAUCUCAGUGUUCUUGUAAACUUGUGCAUUUGCUCUGUACGCUUGGCUAGAAUGCAGUUCAAAAGGGUUGAAUGUCACCUGAACGUCUGUUAUAGCUCGCUAUGUUUAUUUUUGUGUUUUGUCUUUUUUUUUUUAACACAAAAUAAAUAAAAUUUAUUUGAAGCUAA